UAACUUAGAGCUGUUUCAUUUAUUCAGAUACCUUUGAUGAAUGGGCAGAUGGGUCAUCCCUCAAGACCUCAGACAAACUAUAGUCAAAUCCAUCAUGCUGGACCCCAAACAUCGGUGGCAAGACAUCCUUCCAGAGAGCAAUUGAUUGAUUAUCUGAUGCUUAAAGUUGCCCAUCAACCUCCCUAUGGUCAACCUCAAGGCCCAACCAGACAAUGCCAUGAGAUUCGAGUAAGAAUUGAAAAAGACCCAGAACUUGGAUUUAGUAUAUCAGGAGGAGUUGGGGGUAGAGGAAACCCCUUUAGACCAGAUGAUGUGAGUAUUAAUUAAAAAUAUGUUCUUUAAAUGAACAUUUAUCCUUUAUCCAUUGAGGCACUGUUUACCAUUUGAAAAAAUUGAAAAUACAAAUAUCACAAAUAUACUGAAAAUUUAUACAUCAGAGUUGAAUAUUUUGUUUUUUGCU